AAACAAAGACUAAGGAUGAACGUCACAGAGGUGGAGGAUCAUAUUUCCAUGAAAUAUGAAAUACAAAGAAGACUUGGAAAGGGGGCAUAUGGGAUUGUAUGGAAGGCUGUGGACAGGCAGACAGGAGAAGUUGUGGCUGUUAAGAAAAUAUUUGAUGCCUUCAGGAAUAGGACUGAUGCCCAGCGGACAUUCAGAGAAAUAAUGUUUCUUCAGGAAUUUGGAGAUCAUGCCAACAUCAUCAAACUGCUGAACGUCAUCAGAGCUCAAAAUGACAACGAUAUUUACCUGAUCUUUGAAUACAUGGACACCGACCUGCAUGCGGUGAUAAAGAAAGGCAACCUGCUGAAAGACAUCCAUAAACGCUAUGUCAUGCAUCAACUCCUUAAGGCCACCAAAUACAUGCACUCAGGCAAUGUCAUCCACAGAGACCAGAAGCCGUCCAAUAUUCUGCUUGACACGGAUUGCUUUGUGAAGCUGUGUGACUUCGGUUUAGCAAGAUCUCUCUACCAGAUCCAGGAGGAUGCUGGGAACCCGGCGCUGACAGAGUAUGUGGCGACGCGGUGGUACAGACCUCCUGAGAUCCUGCUGGGCUCCUCAAGGUACACAAAGGGUGUAGACAUGUGGAGUAUAGGUUGUAUUCUAGGAGAGAUGCUGCUUGGGAAGCCCCUUUUCCCUGGAACCUCCACCAUCAACCAGAUAGAGAAAAUCAUGAGUGCCAUUCCACACCCUAGCCCAGAGGACGUACUUUCGAUCAGAUCUGAGUACGGUGCCUCUGUAAUUCAGAGGAUGCUACUGAGGCCCCAUGUGCCUCUAGAGGACCUUCUGCAGCCGUCGGUGCCCCCUGAUGCCCUAGACCUGGUGUGUCGCCUGCUGGUGUUCAACCCAGACAAGAGGCUGACCGCUGAGCAGGCCCUGCAGCACGUCUACGUCUCCAGAUUCCACAACCCAGACAAGGAGCCAGGUCUGGACCAUGCCGUGAUCCUGCCUGUGGAUGAUGAUGUCCAGUUGUCGGUGGUUCAGUACCGCAACAAACUGUACAAGAUGAUUCUAGAGAAGAGGACCACAAGGAGAAUGCUAUGUAAUAUCCAGCCCAGGCCGAAGAAGAAAGAGGAGCCGGUUUCUGUGUCUGGGUGUGACAGUGGAGACCGUGGGAAGGAAAGGCCCAAUGGAAAGAACAUAGGCGGGCCAGAGCCAGUCCCAGUGGUUGGUGAUGGUGGAGGGGACCUUCGGGUUAAAUCCCUUCAUGAUAAGACUGAACACCAGGCUGCUCGUCCAGUUAUCACCAUACCCAACCCAGUACCUGUGUCUACCCUGGCGGCCCUGGAGAAGACCAGCCCUGCAGCCAGCCCCGUCAUGGGAAAGACUACAUAUAAUCCCAUCACACAUGUUGCCAAUGGUUUUGUAGGAAGUCUGGCUGAACCACCUCACUAUUUUCGCUCUGGUACUGCCAGCAGGAAAUUGGAGCAACAGACGAGUGAUGAAAAUGUAACUGUACUGCCAGCAGAGGGCGCUAACGGCAACACUGUUUCUAUGGAGCAGAUUCUGCAGCGCGGUCGCUCAGCACCUGUCAGCCACAACCGUUCCUUCUCCCUGACCCUCUCCCAUCCCCAGAACAACCCGCUGGUCCGCAGAGACGAGCCCUCUGUGUCCUCAGGGAUAUGUGUCACCUCUGCACGCCUGAACCAGCGGUCCCAGUCUCAGACACGAGAGGCACGGCCACCUCCUCCCAGGUUCAGUAAGAAGGUUUUCCAGAGUAAAGCCAAUGUGGUUGCUGCCGGUGAUCCCCGUGCCAAACUGGGCAGCUAUUCUCAGGCCUAUGGCACCAUCAACAAGACAGAGCUGGAUAACCUUAUGAGGUGUCGACACCACCAGUAA